AAUUGUCGCUCUGGAAGAAGUAAGUGGCGUUUUAACAUCGCUCCUAUCCCAUGAUCUUACAAUGAUACAUAUUCUUACAACAUCUAGCGUCUUGCCGACUACGACCCUCUAAACCUUCAAACGCCUUGCAAUACCCCAGUAUCCUCCCACACCAUGUCCGCUGAACCGGCCGACGCUACGCCUACUCAUGCUGGCUCCUGCCACUGCGGUCAUGUGACGUACACUGGCGGCUUCGACCUAGCUGCUGGCCAUAUCGUAAAGUGCAACUGCUCCAUCUGUCACAAGAAGGGAUAUUUCUUGCUCUCUCCAACCUCGACGCCAUCGUUCUCGCUCCUCACACCGUCCUCUGAGUCCGAGCUGGCGGACUACCAGUUUGCAAAGAAGCUGAUACACCAUUACGCGUGUCCGAAGUGUUCCACGAGUGUGUACAUAAGCGGGUUUUUCGGGAUGGGGAAAAAGGAGAUCCCCUUCAUGGCGGUCAUGGCGAAUACGCUAGAUAGGCGGCUCGAUGGCGAGCCACCGGAGGACUUGAGGAAAGUCAAGAUCAAGUAUAUUGAUGGGCGCCAUGAUCAGUUGGAGUUGUUGGAUGAGCCUUUCCCGGGCGGGGCGUGGUGAGGGUCUGAAGUCGAUUCGCGUGGUUCGAGGGUUUCCGGGAGAUAUUUCUCCGUAGAGCUGU